ACCGGAAGGGUUUGACGGACGCCGUCCCUCCUCGGCGCCGCGGGAGCGCCAGGCCCGACCCCGGCCAUGGGGUGCUGCUACAGCAGCGAGAACGAGGACUCGGACCAGGACCGAGAGGAACGGAAGCUGCUGCUGGACCCUAGCAGUCCUCCCACCAAAGCCCUCAAUGGAGCCGAGCCCAACUACCACAGCCUGCCUUCCGCACGCACAGACGAGCAGGCCCUGCUCUCUUCCAUCCUCGCCAAGACAGCCAGCACCAUCAUCGACGUGUCUGCUGCGGACUCCCAGGGCAUGGAGCAGCAUGAGUACAUGGACCGGGCAAGGCAGUACAGCACCCGCCUGGCUGUGCUCAGUAGCAGCCUGACCCAUUGGAAGAAGCUGCCACCGCUACCAUCUCUCACCAGCCAGCCCCACCAAGUGCUGGCCAGCGAGCCCAUCCCUUUCUCCGACUUGCAGCAGGUCUCCAGGAUAGCUGCUUACGCCUACAGUGCACUUUCUCAGAUUCGUGUGGAUGCAAAAGAGGAGCUUGUUGUACAGUUUGGUAUCCCAUGAAGAGAGGGGGUCCUUGGACAUCUCUUUGUCUUCUCUCUUCACCUCGUCUCCAUCCCUCCUCCCCUGGCCCCCCACCUCACUGCAGCGCAUACAGAACCCUAACCUGCUACUAAUCACGGAGAAGAGCAUGGAGGAGAGGCUAGAGGCCUGAACACGUGAGGCUAGAGCAAGGGAGGAGAGAACUGCUUGAACCUGGCCUUGAAAGCCCUAGCUACGGGUGGGGUGGGUUCCUAAAAGGAUGGGGCCUAGCCAGUCUUCACCCUUGCUGAAGAGGUGGAUAUACCUCGGGGGGUCGUCACCAGGGGGCCCUGGGGACCUCUCCCAUCCCUUUGGACCUCAGAUUCAAUCCUGUCCCCUCUCCCUGACUUGGUGCACAGCUAGCUACACCUCGCUAGGGUUUGUGACCAGGGUCUGGACAAGCUUGGGUUUGAAUGAAUUGGGUUUGUAUUUCUGGCAUCCUGGGUUUUUACAUGUUCGGUCUUUUUUCUUUUUGUUUUGAUUUGUCACCCUCGAUAAAAGGAUGUGUAUUCAUCA